UUAUUUUGUUGACCAGAACUACUCCCAGUAAGUUUUAUUAGUCUAAUAUAAUUGACAGUAAAUGAAAUAUUUAGAAAAAUAUUCAUUCUAAUUAAAUGACUCUUUUUCUUUCCAGGAAUAAAAUCUCUCAAUGCUGUUAAAACACCUAGAGAUAUUGUUAGGCAACUAUACAUGUUUCUUUCCUCUCCCUCGAAAGGCUGGAUAAGCUUUGAUGGUGCCAACAUACCCGUAAAUCCAGUUAGGUCUCUUUCAGAAGGCACAGAUAACAGUCCAGGGAAUGGAACCAACCAUCUGCGUAAUAACACGGUUGAGCAGAUGUCCAGACAUGCCUCAAGAAAUGUCUGCUUCCUGUCUUCGGUAGCAUCAAUGUAUCAGUUAAAGGACUGAGAUGGAGGAAGUGUUUCCAGUGGAGCCUAACACACUGAACCACAUAUCCUUUUGGCUGAUCUGAGCAUGGUGACAUCCUGUCAACUCCGUUGUUACCUUCAGUGGGCCAUGGGGUUGGUGCACAUAACCUUCUAUCAUAGAGGGACUGAUCAUAAAGCUUUAACCAGAGACUAUACAAAUUCCUAGUUGACUUCACUUUAAAAAGAGGAUUUUACAGCUUUAUUUUACUCCUUGGAUUUUGAUAGUGUCAGACUGUUUACUCUGAUUUGUUCUAUUCUGUCUAGGUUCCUGUUCCACACCUACCCCAAUGGUAUCAGAAUGUCUUCCAGACUUCUUAGGGAUAAAAACCAUUAGAAAACAAGACUAGCAUCUGUCAAAUGGGGCUCCCUCUCCAUUUCUUUCUGCAUAGCUUUCCUUUGGGGGGAGAAGAAAAGGAGAAUAGCAUGAAAAGUGCAAAAUGUUUCAAGUUCCUGUUCAAAAUCUUGAUAAUAUUAGGAAGGCUCGAAAAAAGGUGAAGGGCAUUCUUGUGGAUUUUGGGCUUGACAGCUGCAGGGAAUUGUUGAAGAAUCUUAAAAGUUUUGACCCAGGUGAAAAACACUUUUGUAACACUUCAUGGAGUGAUGUCUCUCUUUGGGAGUCAGUGGGCAAAAGGAAGAGAUACAGAACAAAGCCGUACUGCUGUAGCUUAUGCAAGUUCUCAUCAAAAUUGCUUACUUCAUUCAAGAAUCACUUGCACCGCUACCAUGAGGAUGAAAUGGACCAAGAGCUGGUGGUUCCUUGCCCAAAAUGUGCAUUUGCUUCUGACCCAAAAAUAGUGGGAAAACAUAUCCGGAUGUUUCAUUCGUCUAAUAAAAGAAUACAGAACUACACAGUCAGCAUUGUGGAUGGCAUGAAACAAUUCAGGAGUGACAUAAUAAACUUUACAUGUCUAAAAUGCCACUUCACAGACACACUGUAUUACAAUAUGAAGAAACAUGUGCUGAUGAACCAUUUCGAGAACUUAAUUAGUACGUAUUUUGGCCUGAAACCUGAUGGAAGUAAAGGGGAUUCUGCCGAGCUCUACUGUAAAAAAUGUAAUGCUUCUGCAAACAGUGAAGAUUCUUUAAUGUAUCAUGUCUUGACAGCUGAAACACACAGAGACCUGGAGAACAAACUUCGGUCUUUGAUUUCAGAGCAUAUUAAGAAACCAGAAAUUGUGAAACAAAUGCAAAUUGCUCCAAAGCCUCCCCAAAGUAUGGCGGUGACUUCUCUAUCUGCAGCACCUGCCACUUCCACAGCAGGUUCUGUAUCAGUUCCAUCUUGCAUCCAGCUUGCGUUUCCACAGAAUAAUCAAACCCAGAGUGUGGUGCAGCCACAUGUCAUUCAAAACACAGCUGGAUCACUGACUGUUCCAAGUGCCUCUGGUAGCUUUCCACGUACAACUUCUGCUCCAGUUGCUACCCCCCCACAUGUUGCUCUUGUAUCUAAUAAUCUUUUUGUAGGUCAAAAUAACAUGAAUAUUCAGCCGUCACCUUCCCAGCCUAUCAUUGUUUCCCAUACGCUCCCCCUUAAUCAGCCUGUGGGGACUGUGGCCCCUUCAGUUCUUCCUCUUAAUCAAUCUGUCAGGCCUGGGAUCUUCCGUGUUAAUCAAACCAUUGGUACCAUAAAUGGUCCGCUUGCAACUGGAGCAUUACCUGUUACUCAGCCUGUCAGCCCUGUGAAUCAACCAGUUGCACCAGGAGUUAUCUCUGUCAAUCAGUCGUUUGGGAAUGUGAAUAGACCCAUUAGUCCCAGGGUCCUUCCUGUGGCACAGACAGUUGCUUCGGGUGUUCUCCAGCUUAACCAGCCUGUUGCUUCUAGACUUGUUCCUGUUGGGCAGAAUGUCAGAUCUGAUCUUUUUCAACUUAAUCAGCCUGUUGCCCCAGCAGUUAUCCCAGUAAAUCAUCCAGUUCAAGCAGCAGUUUCUCAGAAUACAGCUUUUUUGACUCCAGGUUCUAUAGUUCGGCAGUUGAUUCCAACUGGUAAGCAGGUUAAUGGGAUACCUAUGUACACGCUUUCCCCAGUUUCAGUUACUUUGCCUGUACCUCCUGGUGGGGGAGUAGCAACUGUUACACCACCACAAGUGCCCUUCCACCUAAUGCAGGCUGGGACAAUAACUCAGUUGUCCCAGUCACCAGCUAGUGUACCCUCUCCUCCAGUGGUAUUUACAUCUCAGAAUAUAUCAUUUCAAGCCUCCCUUCUUGGUCUUGGAACAAGUCAGGAAACCAAACAGGCUAAGCAGUGGAAGACUUGCCCUGUUUGCAGUGAACUUUUCCCAUCAAAUGUCUACCAGGUGCACAUGGAGGUGGCCCACAAACAGUGUGAACCAAAAGUGGACAGAACCCCAGCACCUGACAAACUUGCAGCUUGUGCGCCCUUUCUGAGGUGGAUGACAGAAAAGACGGUCCGGUGUUUCUCUUGUAAGUCUUUUCUGUGUGAGGAAGAGCUCAUGAAACAUCUCUUGAUGCAUGGCUUAGCUUGCUUGUUUUGCACAGUUACUUUCCAUGACUUAAAAAGCCUGGUAGAGCACAAUAAGACAACACACAACGGGAAAAAGCAGUUACAUGCAGAUUAUAGCAACAGAGGAUUUCAACUAGGUAAUGAUGCUCAGGGUGACCUUAUAUUUCCUCACUUUGAUUUCAGUACAGUGUUACCAAAAGAAGACAUUGGUGAAAGAGAAGUACAUUUGGCUGUGCUUGCUGGACUAAAUUCAAGGACACUUGUCCCAGUUUACAUCAAAGUGACAGCUCAGACAGCAGAAACGAAGGGCAGAUGCAUGAGAAAAGCGUUAACCUGUCCCUUUUGCUAUGGUACGUUUGCUGGUAAAGAAACCUAUGAAAAGCAUUUGGAAGAGCGGCAUCAUAUAAUGCCAACUGUACAUACUAUUUUAAAGACUCCUGCUUUCAAGUGCAUCCACUGUUGUGGUGUGUACACUGGAAAUAUGACUCUAGCAGCUAUCGCUGUACAUUUGCUCCGUUGUAGAAGUGCUCCCAAAGACAGCAACUCAAGUGUGAAGAUGCAGCUUGAGCGUACUGAGAAGAAAGAGCUACUGCUUGUAAAUGGUGAAAAGCAUGAUCCUAUGACGCUGAAAAGAAAACAGUCGGAUUCCUGCUUUGUUGCAGAAGACCAAAGGAAUAGGGAACAGCAGCCUCUGAGCUUAAGUACUGGCAUAGCUCUGUCUCCAGAAAAAGAAGUGAAUUCAGGGGUAGUGCCUUUUAAAAGACAGAAGAUUAGCAACAGGUCUGAUAUGAAGAAGCUUCCUUCUAGUGAGGAUCUUUGCCUUCUAGCAGUAGAUCCUACGCAGCAUGAUCACAGUUCGUAUGAGGCUCAAAAGCAGUUUUUGACAGACUACUUUCACAAGAGGCCAUAUCCUUCUAAGAAAGAGAUGGAAUUACUUUCCUCACUGCUGUGUGCAUGGAAAAUUGAUGUUGCAUCAUUCUUUGGAAAAAAGAGGAAUAUAUGCUUAAAGGCGAUGAAUAAUCGCAAACCAUCUGUGCUGCUGGGUUUCAGUAUGUCUGAACUAAAAAAUCUUAAGCACAGUUUGAACCUAAAAGACGAAGCAUUAGAUAUAUAAACAAGCCUUUUAUAACAGCUAAAAGGAACCCAUCAUUGCAUCAUUAUUGAUUUAGCCGUUUAUUGUAUUAAUUUGUUUUGACUUGCAGACUGGCCUGUUGAAGGGUGCAGUAGUACAAACAGUCUUGUUCAGUUGUGACUUACUGUGAAAGGCACACGUAGUUGUGUAUUUGAAAAGCUAAAACCUUCAGACUUGCACAUCUGGAAUUUGUUUUAGCUUUGUACUUUUUCUGGAGUAGGUUUUUUUUUUCUUUUCCCGUUUCCUUUUUUUGCCUCCAGGCUCCCGUUAACACUUUUUAUACCACCAUGUAAAACAUUUGUCCUGUUGAAAACAAAUUUUAUUUUAUUUUUCUGCAAUGUCGUUGUCUUUUCUAAACAAUAAAAUGUACAAUGUUGGUUAAUAUACUGAGGUAAACUACGUGAAAAAACAUAUAUUUCAUUAUUUGUGAGUUUAAGUCCUAAUUUUUUUAACCUAUUUUUGUUUUAGCUACUGAAGAAGUGAUUGUAACCUUUACGUCCAUUGCCUUUUCAAAUUCCUGUUGCACUGGUAGCAAUAAAAUAGAUGGCAAUCUU